AUGACUACGAUCGAGGGCUGGGAAGUCGAACGCCACCAUGCUAUUCUCCGACGUGCGAGAGUCCUAGGUGGGUACCUGAACGGUCCAGACGGCAGUAAAGUCUGGAUCGAACACCAGGAAUUCCCUUUCGAUGUGGGUAUCUGGAAAAAUAUCCGCCUCGGCAUGGGGACGUCGAAUCCAUUGGUAUGGUUCUGGCCGUUCGCCAGGAGUCCCGCGAUAGAGACUGCACUCAAUCUCCACCACAACCUCAUCGAUGAUCCCUCAAAACCCUGGCCGCCACCCGACCCCGACCGUCUUUUCCGCGCCGCUCGCAAGCCACUGGAAGGCACCGGCUUCACACACGCGAUGGAUAUUGAGAGUUUUCGUGCCCGGCAGGCAGCUGAUUUGGCGAGGUACGAGGAUGCGGAUGGUGAGUAUAUCGUUCGUCGGCGACCUUUUCAUGAAAGGUUGGAGGACAGUGAGAAGUUGGAUCGUGGUAGUGGUGGUGAUGGGGGCCAGCGAGUCUAUGAGAUCGAGGAUGAUGACGAAGAGGGUGAGGGCGAGGUUGAGCCUGCGCUCGUGGAGAUGGUGCAGGGCAAAGAUGGCGCGGGCGAAGAAGGAUGGCGGAAUAAGGAAGGGGAGAGGUUAGCUGAUUUCGGGGUGGACGAGGUGGCGGACUUCUAUGAUGAGGACGAUUUACCGCUUGCUGAGCUCUUGCGGCGAAGGCAGGGCUUGAAAGCGCAGUGA